UAGAUGCUGGGGGGAAAGAUCUAGCUUUGAGAAGCAAAAAGAUGAGGGAAAGGUUAAACAGGAAGCAACUUGAGACUAGAUUCAUUUAAAUAUUCAUUCCUCCUACCCCCCACCCCCUCCACAGCCAUUGCGAUUCAUGAAGAGCAUUACACAUAUGCCCCAUCCCAGGCCUCCAGCCACAGCAACCACACAUCUCAUUUCCCUUGGAGCUGAGGCUGCCUACCUGGGCUCCCCACGGAGGGGGAUGAUGCAGGGAGGGGAAUCCCACCUGCUGUGAGUCACCUGCUGGUAUAAAGGGCGGGCCUUACAAUGCAGGGACCUUAAAAAGAGACUCAGAGACAAGGGGAGAAAAAUAGCAGGAAGCAGCUCAGAAACUCAGUGAACAACAGAAGGAACCAAAUCAGAGACACACAGAACGGAGAGCAUCAGGCUCAGAAGAAAGGGAAGUGGGUAGAGAUUCCACAAGGACCGGUGCGAGGCACAGAGCCAGCCAGAUUUGCGAAGCAGGCAACGAGAUGCUGGGGAGCAGGGCUGUGAUGCUUCUGCUUCUGCUGCUGCAGCUGCCCCGGCUGGCUCAGGCCCGGGCUGUGCCUGAGGACCGUCGCCCUGCCUGGGCUCGGGGCCAACAGCUCUCACAGAAGCUCUGCACGCUGGCCUGGAGUGCACAUCCUCCGAUGGGACAUGUGGACCUCCCAAGAGAAGAGGGAGAUGGCGAGACCACAAAUGAGGUCCCCCGCAUCCAGUGUGGGGAUGGCUGUGAUCCCCAAGGACUCAGAGACAACAGUCAGUUCUGCUUACAAAGGAUCCACCGGGGCCUGGUUUUUUAUGAGAAGCUGCUGGGCUCAGACAUUUUCACAGGGGAGCCUUCGCUACUCCCCGAUGGCCCUGCGGGCCAGCUUCACGCCUCCCUCCUGGGCCUUAGGCAACUCUUGCAGCCUGAGGGGCCCCACUGGGAGACUGAGCAAACUCCAAGCCCCAGUCCCAGCCAGCCAUGGCAGCGUCUCCUUCUCCGCUUCAAGAUCCUUCGCAGCCUUCAGGCCUUUCUGGCUGUAGCUGCCCGGGUCUUUGCCCACGGAGCAGCAACCCUGAGCCCCUCAGGCCAACGGCCUACGGAUGGCACCCAGAUCUCCUUGGCUCAACAGGGCUAAAAUGAACCAGCCCAAGCGCCUGUGAGCCAACACGUUAAUUAGUCCAUUAAUUCUAAUGAGACUUGCGUAUGUUGAAAAUUCCCAAUACUGACUAACUUAUGCUGCUGACCUAGGACAAAGUUGGGUAUUUAUUAAAUAGGAAGGGAAAACUUGAGAUUAUUUAUCCUCAGGGCAGCAGCUUGGGGAGGAUUAUUUAUUAUAUUUAUUCUGAAUUAUGUACUUUUUUCAAUAAAGACUUAUU